UCUCUCUCUCUCUCUCUCUCUCUCUCUCUCUCUCUCUCUCUCUCUCUCUCUCUCUCUCUCUCUCUCUCUCUCUCUCUGUACCUUCCUGCUCUUCUAUCUUUUCAUCCAAAACAUCAACCAUUUAUAACACCUUCACCUGUUCUCCUUCUUGUACCCCCACCGUCCUUCGUCCUACAGGUCUUGGGUGGUACUCGACAUGGACGUCCGAGGAGCUGCGAGUCAAGACCUGAGUUUCAUGUACAAGCCGGCCUGGAAGCUCGGGGAGGUCGAAGUACACGAUCAUUUAGCAGUCACGAAGUCCCUGGUGUCAGAGCUGGAGUUCAUAGACGCGGCGAGAGUGGUGGCCUUCGGCUGGGGUCACGGAGGGUACAACGCUGCCCGCAUGUUAUCUGAAGACGUCGAGAACCUCUUUACCUGCGCCACUGUCGUUAACCCAAUCACGGACUGGUCACUCUAUGCGUCGUACUACAGCGAGCGAUACAUGGGCUCGGCGCAGGUGCCCGGAGGGAACUACAGAGGAUACGAAGAUAGUUCCCUGUUGCUCCACGCCGGAAACUUCAAGAACAAGAGCCUGUUCCUCGUCUACGGCUCGGGGGACACCGACGUCCACAGUGCCCACACGCUCAAGUUCUCCAGGGCGCUCACGGAGAAGGGCAUCAUCUUCAGGCAACAGACCUACACGGACGAGGGCCACGACCUGGAGCGAGUGAGAUUCCACCUGUACAGAAGCGUGGAGCAAUACAUGACCGACUGCUUCCCCCCGUACAACGAGGAGGAGCUGAGCUUACUCUUCGGGAAGGACGCCAUCCUAUAGUCGCCGUCGCGAAGGCCCGCCCCCCCCGCGACCCGCGACCCGCUCUCCCCUCGCCCCCCUGCCCUCGGGCGGUGUUCUUCCCGCGGCCGAGAGGCGUUGCCCUUCGGUACCUGCGCCACAGAGAUCGGCUCCCUGUUGGCGAGGCUGCGCUCUGCGGUCGUGUCCUUGAGGUGGCUCUCGCGGUCCCUGCUGUGGACGCCCCUUGGGAAGGUUUCUGUCUUCUAGGGGAACCUCCUCCCACGUGCUGACCGUCUUGGGAGGCGCCGAAGCCCCUCGCACCGUAACCCGGCUUGUCUUGAUAGCACUGAUUUUUAAUCAAACUUCUUGUAAACGAAGCAGACUCCAGUCCUUUAUUCUGGGAAGAGAUCUGACUUUCUCAGAUUCGCUCACUGAUCGGUAUAUUACCAUUUUCGGAAGUGAAAAUGAAAAGAUAUUAGUCUUAUAUACCUCAUCUAUGCCAAGCCUUUUUUUAAGAAAUCCAAAAAAACAUUUUUUAAUACUUUUUCAAGCAUUAUAUUAUCUUACACCAACCAUCUACUCUUAAUACCUAAAUAUCUACACAUUUCAUCAGUAAGCAUUACACAAUUGAACCAUAUAUGCGUAUCACACUAUAAGUGCAAUUGAUUUAAGAAAAGAUGUAAGGAACAUAUUUGCUGAUAUUUUCACAGCUCACAGUGGUGACAUUUCUUUCGUUUCCCCCACUCGUCCACACAUACUCUUCACGUUGUGGAUUUCUCGAUUCACACGCGAAUAGCUGACUCCACUCACGGAGGAACUGAUGUCCAGGACGUGUGGAACGGCAGUGACUGUGGACCCUGUAUUGUAAGAUUUUCUGAUGGCUUUUCAUUCAGCUCGGGAUUAACAUGUGAUUGCUACAGGCUUGUUACAUGCAUCUUUCUUCACUGGUGUAUUGCGGGCCUGUCACCUUUUCCGUAGGGAAAAGUGCCAAACAAGAGUAGAAGAGUAAUGAUUUUAGUAAUAGAAUAGAAAUUAUCAAAUAAAAAUAAAUGAAAUGAUAGAUCAGCCUUGGUAUCUGUCUAUCGACUGUAGAUAUACGUGAAAGGUGGUAUUCAAGUCCCUCUUUUUUAAGUACAGACUCGUUUUAUAUAGAGAAAAAAAACAGAUUAUAGAGAGUACAGGGGAUAAUGAGAAACACGUGGAAAUUGCCGCCCCCUUCUUAGUGCUAUCUGUUGUUUCUAGGCAAAUAUACCUUAUUAUGCACCAUGCCUAUAGUCAGAAAGUCAAGGGAACGUAGCCACUAAGUUGCCAUCACUACACCAGCGGGAAAGGUGACGUCCGGAAGUACACUAAGCAAAGUCAAGGCGUUAAUACUAUACUAAUGAAGGUCGUGUGAUCAGUAGACCGCAAUCACAGAUCCUGGAUUAUCAUCAGCAAAAAACGUAGACUAAAUGUGUCCUAAAUGGGUGCUGUAACUUAAAGGUUCUUUCAACACAUGGUCCCAGUUGUCCCCCGUCUUCCACGCACACAGUUCCAAAUCGCAUCUCACGGUACACACGCACACGCACACGCACACGCACACGCACACGCACACGCACACGCACACACACACACACACACACACACACACACACACACACACACACACACACACACACACACACACACACACACACACACACACACACACACACACACACAUAAGGCCACCAUCAGUCAAUUGUCUCUACCCACUCCCAUAUAGGUCGAGUCAAUGCCUGGACGAAGCAAGCUGUUGCUACUCACAUUCUUUCGCCCAGGCAUUGACUCUCCUAUACGAGAGUGGGU